GCGGAUUUUUUUGGUGGUGGGCAGCGGCGCGCGCUCUGCGCCGCUGAACACAUCUCUUGCGCCACCUGAAAACGGUCUUCCCACGUGUCUCCUGAUGUUUUUACUUGAGCUGAAUUAUUCGGUGUCUGAGUCUGCUCCCUUGCUGUUUCAAGGUUGAGCCGCUGGGAGUCUGUCCAUGUUACUGCGCACGCUUUAACAACCCGAUUCCCAUCCAGAGCCGGAGGACUGUCCUCCUCUCCCCCCUCCUCGCUCUCGCAUCCCCUUGGGCUCGAGCCGGCUUUCUCCUGUUUCCACCCGCCCACACUGCAAACGUCCCGCCUCGGGGCGAUGGCGCGCGCUCUGCGCCGCUGAGCCCAUCUCUUGCGCCACGCAGACACGGUCCUCCCUCGGGUCUCCUCAUGUUUUUGAUCGAGGUUGCUCAUUCGUUGCCCGAGUUUGCCCCCUUGCUCCUAGAAGGUGGAGCCACUGGGAGUCCGUCCAUAUUGAUCGCAUAUUUUUGCCCAUUUCUGCCCAUUGCUGCCAGCCGCCGCCCCGUUGUGUUUUGUAUAAGAAUUUCUGGGAUCUGAGGACGGUUCGAGCUCCCGGGUCCACAGCUGUCUCAGGGCCUCGCCGCAAUGGGCCAGGCCGCCGGCGUGGCCGGCGAGGGCCUCCCUGGCCGAGAGAGCGUCGCGGGGCGCGGGCCUGCCACGGUAAUCGGCGCUGGCAUCGGCAGCCCCGGCGGGGCCCCUCUGGAGGCCGACAGGUCCUUGCUGGUCGUGUUUGGAGCCAGUGGCGGGACCGGGCUCGCCAUCGUUGAGGUCGCCCUCCAGCGCGGCUACGCGGUCCGCGCUUUCGUGCGCAACAAGGAGAAGCUGGGCCGCGAGUUGGGGGAGCUCGCUGCGCACGAGAGGCUCGAGGUCAUGCACGGGGACCUGGAGGAUCUGGAUGCCGUCAAGUCGGCCAUCAAGGGUGCCCGCGCGGUGAUCAGUGUGGCGGGGGCUGCGCCAGAAACGGCGAAGGGCCCGAUGACAGCCGCCGUUCCCGCCAUGGUGGAGGGUUGCCGCAGGCACGGAGUCCGCAAGCUCAUCGUGCAGGCCGGCGCGCUGUCCGCGGCGCCCGGCGAAUGGUUGGGGCUGCUGAGUUCCGCGCGGCUGUCUCGGAACGUGGUGAGGUGGCAGAUAGGUUCAAGCGUGGUGGACGACAAUGACAGGGUCUUGCAGUACCUCUACGACGAGGUUAGGGAUCUCAACUGGGUCGCCUCGCGACCCGCCUUCCUGGAGGACGGCGAGAGUGUCGGCACCCUCUGCGCGUGCUUGGACACGUUCAGACCUGCGACCAUCAGAUACGUCGACGUGGCAGACUGGACGGUGGAGCAGGUCGACAGCGACCGUUACGUGGGCAAGAUGCCCCGACUGUACUACCCACCGGUCAAGCACCCCAUCUGAGGUGCGCGCGUUGUGGCGGCCACAGAUGCCACGCGGCGAGCGCGCCACCAGCAGCGCCACCUGGACUUGCCGUGUGGGAUGAGGCGUCGGGGGAGACUGGGCUCAGACCGCCGACGCCUUCAACAUCAUGACGGAGUUCCUCGUCCCCCAAGGGCCAUUUUCUUUGUCAGGGACAGUCCAAAACAGUUCGGGAUGAAUUAUUUCUUUGUGUGGGGCUCGAGAGGCCCACGGGGCAGGAUAACAAAACACACCAUCUCUCUUUCUCCCUCGCUCUCGCCUCUCUCUC